AAUGUUCGUUAAUAAUUCUUGUCUGCCAAAUAGUAUGAAUUGCAUUAUAGCGCCAUUAAAUGGAGUUGGUGGUGUAUAUUUAGGAAAUCUGGAUGCCGCUUAGAAUUCAGAGCUGUUGUCAAAAUAUUAAAUAGGAGCUGUUCUCUCUGUGAUAGAUUAAUCAAUUCAAAUCAGAGGAGCAUAGAAAUUGGUAAAUAAUAUAUAAUAUAUAAUCUAGUGGAUAAUGGCUGAUGAUUGUGAAGAUUUCCCUUUGUAUAAAUAUUUUGAUUAGGCUACCAAAUUUAUAGAUAGUCAUUCUCUUAAAACUAAUAUAUUGAUUCAUUGUUAUGCUGGAAUUUCAAGAUCUGCUGCAAUUUGUGCUGCAUAUAUGAUGCAAAAAUAUAAAUGGAAUUUGAAUUAAACUCUUAGACAUAUUUAAUAAAGGAGAAGAUUCAUUAAUCCAAAUCCAGGAUUCAUUAAAUAACUUUAAGAUUAUGAAUAAAAAAUGAAAACCAAAUAAAUUAGAAAAAAUAGUUCUGUUCUAAUGGAUUCAAAUGAAAAAUCUAGGCAUAAUUCAGUUGGAUAUGAUGGAAAUAUUAUGAAUUUAAAUGGAACUAAUUCUAUCAAUAAAUAAAUCCUUAAUCAAACUAUGUAACAAAAUCAAAGAGAUAGAUUAAGUGAUUUUAAUGUAAAAUUAAACUCAUAUUUACAUUAAUGGAAAAUAAGAGAGAGAGCUCAUUGAA